CGUCCUUCGGUUUCUAUGCGUAUGAAAUCUUUUCUAAUUAGUCCAGAAUCAAACUCAAAUUGUUAGAAACUUCUAGCUUGUUGUAGCACUGCCUCAAGCUGCACCUUAGCUGCUUCGCGAUACCAUGUCCUAAAACCUUUUUGUUUUUGAGAAUAUUCCGCCCUUGCGGAACACCAUCAUCGCUUAAAGUUGCUUGCGUUUUUUUUUCAAAAAUCUUGUGACAGAAACAUAAAGACCAUGCAGCGAUUGGCAAAUGACCUAACCAGGAAGUUUCCGACGCCGAAGUCACUUCUGCGCCAUCGGAAUGUCACGGAGAAGAUACCGGCGGGCUACAGGUGGACCGUGAGAAACCCGCCACCCUUUUUUCAGAGCACCACUAGUUCGACGUUCACACUUCCAGGUAGCAACACGUCUGUGCGGCUGGAAUUGCUGCGGAAAGACCUACCGGAGGAGAGCGGGGCCGGCAGCGAGAACACCACGACUACGGGGGAAGAUAAAUCUUCCGGAAGUGGUGCAAGCUCAGGAGCCUCUGUGUCAUCUGGAAGGUUUUUUCUAAACGUGUGGCAGACUCACACCCCGCAGGCACAGUCUGCAGUAGGAAUUAUCCGUGGUGGUGCUAAGUCUUCUACCUCAAGUUCUGAAAGUGCGCCAACAAGCGACUCGGCAACGCAUCAAGUAAACCCAGGUGGUGCUGGUAAAAAGAGCAUCACGCUCCGCGUUUUGGUGAACGAAAAGGAAGCCCAUCGCUCGCCUUUGAGUGCGAUCAGCGAUACCAUCGAAAUACCAACUUUUUCCCGAGCAGGCGACGAAGGUCUUCAGGUAGAAGAUGCCGGGCAGAGCUUCGAAGUGGAAUGCAUAGAGGAGCCAGAAGGUGCUGGAAGCAGUGCACAGUUUGUUCGACACGACGGGGGAAGUUUUGCAGCAGGAAUGAAAGAAAACGGAGAAGCAGGACAGACUGAAAACGGAAAUAGUAGUGCGAAGGAAGUGGACCACGAGAAGGAAAUCCUGCAGACCGUGCAAGUGGAUGGAGAGCUUUCUGCCCGCUGGCGCUUAAGGUCUCCGCAGGGGCACGCACUGUUUCCGAAGGACCGAGUCGCCCCGCAGCUCGCUGCCACCGCAACGUCUAUGGAAAACGCAAACGAACUGUAUACGUUGAAAUGCGUUUUCUUGUAUGUUCUGCAUUUCACUUCUUGAUUUGAUUCCGAUAACCACAUGAGGAGCCGUCACCACACUUACAUAAAUACGUGGACGAGCGAAAACUGUGUUCCGAAGUUUUUGGUUUGAUGUAGAAACUGCGUAAAAUAAUUUCGUUCAGGUUGCUCGCCAGCCAAACUCUGGUAAGUACCCCCUUCCGACUUUUUCAUGUGCACCUGGGCGAUUUCUGGCUCGAGUGCCUGCCGAACUACCCGCACGAAAAUUUUGGACUCCUCUUCUUUCGGCUGGGCUACCCGGGGCUCAGCGUGCGGGCGGAACUCUCCGUGGGCGACAACUUUCGGAAGACCGUAGUGGUCACAGGCCGUUCCACGCUCGAGGAAGAUAUUAAGGCUGAUGCCUGCUUGCAGGUGAAUUUUGCGUCGCUACUGCCAGCAAGCACAUGCGGUUUAGAGGGUGGUGAUUCAUCCGAGAGCACAAGGCAACGCGUGUUGAGUUCCCUGGAGGCAAAAGUGACUCUGUUGGAAAUUUUGAAAGUGCCGCCAAAGCUGCAGGACCUCGCUGGAAGCAUGUCCGGGAAAUGAAGGAGGUGAUUGAAGAUGCCUGAUCUCAUCGAAGGAAAUAAAAAACAAAAAGUUAAAAGAUGAAAACUAAAAUCCAUAAUCGAG